AAAAUAUGUGUUGUUGUAUAGAUAUAGCCAAAAGUCAAUCUCGCCUAUAAAACCCGAAAGACUAUAUAGCAGAACAAAAGCAGCCAAACUGUAGCCAGCUGUCGCCCUAUGGUGAUUCCCCUACAUGGUUUAUCUUCUGUAUUCCGUAGUAGUUAUUGGGUCUAUCCUCCAGAAAAAAAUAACGCGAGUGGUCGGCCUUCAUGUCCGCUUGACCUUUCGAGCCAUACCUAUUGAUCCUUGCCAUCAAGGAUCCCUCCAUCACCUACCACUAUUACCCUUCCGAAAUGGAAGAUAGACCCUUGUCCCCACGCCUUCACCAUCUUUUAAUCCGCGAGCAGAGACCCAACGAGUUGACAAGAAUCAGUCCUCGCCCUAUUUCGACUGGCGGUUGUGGCUCACGAGCAUCGUCGGGCUAUAAUUCCGCGAUCCUUAACACACCGUUGUCCCCUUUGAGUGCCAACCCAGACCUUACGGUUUCCCCUCACUCGCAAUCUCAACAUGGUUCAAUACGCCGUUCGGUUUCCCCUGCUUCAAUGUCCUUUCACCUUUCAUCCGAAGAGAUACCGACGCCCAACAGACGCACCAACAGUAUACUGUCGCUUUUGAAUGGGCCGAUGUCCUCUUCGCCUAUAUCUUGUAUUGGUCCCUCUAACAGCUUUCCUUAUAAGGCAGAGCUAGACAAUAAUCGUUAUCAAGCGAAUUCUCCUUAUCCUCGUCCACCGCCUGCAACAUUCCCAAUAACAGAACAUAGUCAAGCGACAUACUUUGAGGAGCGGCCGUAUUUACCCCCUACGCCGGGGUCCAUUGAGACGUACAAUCCAGGGCCUUCUUCAUUUCCGGAGUUCCACCCCUACCAUGCCCCAACAGCCCCUUACAUGCCUCAUGCAACAGACAGGCCAGGGAUAUACAGAAGGCAUUCAUCCCAUCCUAAUAAACAUCACUCGCUGUACCCGAAUCCAGUUCAUCCCCCAUUACACCGUCAUUCUACCCCCCAUUCUUCUUCUGCAACUCUCUCUACAAGAUUCGAUGUUUCCCUUUCCUUCCCACCGCCUCCGCCACCCACAGCAUAUGCCAGUGGACCGUACGAAUCUGACUUCCGCGUAUCUGGCCCACGGGUCCCUAUCUCGAGAACCACCAAAGCGUGCAACAGUUGUAGAAACCGUAAAGUGAGGUGUGAUGCUGGUGCCACGAACGGGGGCAGGGCUGGGGAAGCGCCUUGUACUCGAUGCAAGGAGGGUAAUUUGGAGUGCGUGUACACGAAUGUGCAGAAGAAGAGAGGGCCUUGUCCUGGUACUGCAAGGCCUACAGGGAGCAGAUCCCGUCGCUCUUCAGUACAAAAACAACAGCAACAACAAACGCCCACAUCUCAACCCCCUUUGGCUCCAUCACACCUCGAUUCCAUGUGGACAGAUCAUGGCAAUCACUUGGACUCGGUCUCACCCUCGCAACGCUCCAGUAUCGCUUCCAUUCAAACUUCUGUUGAUGUAAUCACUCCGGAAGAGAUUACAUUUGGGCACGUGGGAAGUUAUGGCUUUCCAUUCCCGCCGCACGCUUCGUCAAGUGCAUUAUCUCAUGAAUACGACUGGCAUGCUACUAAUAAGGCGGCUGUAGGGGGCAGUGUAUCCGGAUGGUCGGGCUCGCAGGUCGGGCCUCGGGGUUCUCAUAGCGCAGCACCUUGGGAGGGAAGACGUUAAUUCACUGAAAACGAGCAUCAGAGGAAAUCAUAGUUAUUGCUCAUAGAUGUUUGCCGUGGUGUGAAAGGGAAGAUAUUUAAGGGUAUGGUGAUGUGUGCCUUUCCACUGGUGAAUAUAAUAAACGAUAUAUAAAUCGCUCAAUGGUGGACAGCAUGUUGCAGUAUAUAAUGAGGAUUGGCGUCAACCACUUAUAGGUAGAUUUACCAGUUAUUUGGAUUUCUCUGGUUAAGGUGUCGCCAGGGAUCAACGUUGUAAAGUAUGAUACAAUAUCAUCGUAUAAUUCAAAUUAUGAAGGCGUCACUAUUAU